CCCUCUUGACUGCAUGAGGUUACAAGUAAAAUGCUGUAGUUAGGCGCCAAGGCAGAAUUGGGCUGCAUGCUACAGGGGUACAGAACGCCUCAGUUUCAACCAGAACUACGCCAAGGCAACAAACGUGGUUCGCCCAAGAGCCAGGCUGCACAGUUGCAAGUAAUAUCAAUAUGUGCUCGAUUCCCUCACCGUUCCAUGGCCAAAAUAGUUCCACCUGGAGGCUAUUGCUGCAACGUCCCAACUAAACAAUGACAAAUGUUUCCGCUCCCCCCAAAACGGCGGCAACGGAGCCGACAAUCGGUUCUGCGGCCGACCCGCAGCCGGCCCCGCCCAUCUCCAUCGCCGAUAACAUGUCUGAGUUUUCCGACUUCCACGAAAUAGGCAGUAUGCCCAUGUGUAUCGCCCUCGAUAAAUCGGGCAGCACGUACGGCGCAACCAUCGCCGCGGAGCUGGACGUGGUGCACCAGUUCUGCACCUUCCGCCAGGCUCAGCAACAUGCAGACUCCAACAGCGCCUCCGUCCAGGUUCUCCCAUGGUGCCACACGGCCCUGGAGCCCGUCAUCUUCCCCAAUAGCUAUGAGGCCCGGCGCAGGAUCGGGUCCGGCGGCGGCACGGAUCCAUCGUCGCUGUACCAGUCGCCGACGUGUCUCGCGUCGCUGCGGUCGGCGGGCAUAUGGGUCCUGAUGACGGAUGGCCAGAUCGAGAACAAGCUGGUGGAAAAUUUCGCGAAGGAGACGCUCGAGAUGUCGAUUCACAACAAGCCGUGCGUAAUCAUUGUCUUUGGCGACUCCAGCUACGGCCGCCCGGCCGCCUGCGACAUCUCGGUGGGCAUUGCCGUCUACGCCAACGUUCCGCACUGCCUGCUGCUCUUUCAUGACAUCCCAACGGGCAUCGUCCGGAUCCUGCAGGCCAAGGGUAACUUCCAAGGGUUGCUGCCGCUGUCUGCUGUUGGAAGCAGCGAGAGGAUCAAGCUGCGUGUCAACCAGUACACGGCCUGGCCAGAACUUCCUCGGGUCACGUACAAGGACUUGUUCUCUCUCGAGCUCUCCGUCAUACGCGACCUCGAGCCCGACGAAAUGGCCCUGCAAGACGGAUUGAUCGUCAACAUUCCCGACAUGCUCGCCGGUAACGUCGACGAAGCGACGAUUGAGAAGAUCAUCCACAACAGCGACAACGUCAGGAGCCUGGCCCUCGCCGCUCAGACGAAAGGCACCGGGAAGAAAGUGGCCGACUGGCUCAUCUCACACCAGCUCCCAGCCUCAGCACGGGCAAAGAAGCCCGUGGAUGUUGACCACAGAGCCCACAAGGCAAUCUCAGCACUUCUGGAGGCUCUCGGCUCUGCCAGCUCAAACGAAUCCGUGGCAGGUCUGCGGCGACAAGUUCGACAGGCGCACGCCAUGAACCUCAAGCUGCACAGGCGCAAACUCAAGGGUGACGCCGAUGAAUCCGAGGACGAAGCAAGGAAGACCAACCAGCGUCUUUACAAUGCCGCCAGGGCCAGUGCUAGACGCUUGCCAAAACGCCGCAAACAGACGCCAAAGGAUGCCGCGCCGGCAGUCCAAGAUCGGUCUCCGUCUCCCGGGCUCGAUAACUGGAACGUCGGCAACUGCGCCUAUGCGUCCGACAUGGAAUCGCCCCGAGACAACAACUCUCCCGUGGACUCCCCGCAGAUGGCACCCACGGUCCCUGUCCUUGAGCCAGCCUAUGCUUCUCAGCCUCUCCCGAAUCCAUUCUUGUAUCCCCCUCUGUUCUCGUCCUCGUCCGAGACUUAUACCCCUUUCUCCGACGGAGACUACGCUCUCACAGCAGGCGGCGGGAUGAUGGGUCAAGAAAGCUCGGCAUCAGACCCCUUCAGCUCUACUUUGCCAAGAGACCCUGUCUUCAACAGCAUUGACGUAAGUUAUGGUUUGGACAGCGAGAAAGCACCGGCUCUGGGGCCUUCGUGCCCCUCUAGUGAUGAGGAGUUAAUACUGAAUAACUCGGUCUCGGUCACCCAAGGCAGUAACAGUUUCCGGAGGUCAAGGAGUAGGAAGCUGCCAGGCAAGAGACGCUCCUAUACCAGGAGCCGAUCGCCCUCUCUCCGACGCUCCACGCGUGACCCGAUCCUCAUCCCGGGCUUCGAGCGGUUCAAGUCCUUAGACAAGGCCGGCAACGAGCUACGCGGUCGAUGCGCGCUCUGCCACUACGACGGCGCUGUGCUUACCAUGCUCUUGCGGGCGCCGCCGACAGGCCGGCCAACGGUAGGCUUCCCACGCGAAGGUGACAAUGCACAGAUCACGUUCCCUUUUGCCAUAGGUAGCUUUGCAGAGACCCGUGCCCUGUCUACGUUUGUCUGCUGCGACUCUUGUGCCUUCCACCUGGUACGCGUAGGCACAUCGCCGCUGGGCGACACCGUCAUCGCCGCGGUGCCGAUGGUGUCUCUCCGUCAGAACCAGGCGUCAGUCCUUGAAGCGCUGGACCUUGCCAUGCGCGGGCGGAUUGACUCAGAUGACUUGCUGGCUGUGUUUAUGGCUAUGUUAGAUGCCGAGUUGAACGACGCGGAUCGCCAUAUCAGCAGCGGCCAAGCCCACGCCGACAUUGCUCUGUUCCAAAGGAGCGCAGAAUGGCUUCAACACAAUCUGAAUACCCUCAUCGAGGUCCCGGCUACGCUUAGCCUCGAAUUCCAGCCCCAUAGCUCCCGGCCUCAGGAGAAGAAGGUCCUCUACGAGCUGCUGGAUUUGCCAGAGUUCCGGGACCCGGCUCAUCCGAACAACUAUGACUUGCUGUUGCUCCGAUAUCCCAUUCCCGGGUUCCUGGUCCUCCUUCGCCAGAUAAGCCUCCUCUAUCCCAUCUCGGAACACGGACAGACCUUGGCGUUCCACAAGCUCAUGCUCCUCAUCCUCGAGACGCUCAACGGCCCUCGCGCCUCGGCAAAGUCCCAGCUUGCAGUCGGCGACAUUCUGCGGCACGUUGAAGCAGCAAAAAUGCCCAUAUCUGCCCUUGAACUGGAACACAGGGGUCUUCUUGAGCCAGGCACACUGGAGGCUUUCAAACGAUGGCUGCACUUCGAGAGCUUCGCCCAAAGAUGCGGUCCGGCGCUGACCGUCUUCCUUCGCCACUGGCUUCGUGCCGGUUUCAGACAACAGUCUGCUGUGUCAGUUUUCAAUUUGCUCAAGAGGGACGAGACUAUUAGAGAUAUUUUCGUCGCGCCAUUGACAAUGAGUGCUAAUGAUCGGAUGGAUUCGUAGAGCUUGUAAUCUACUGUCUUUGUAAUUAAAUCAUUGGCGCAACGAAGCUUUAUAUCUAACUCCUAAACCUAUAUAUUAACUUUUCAGCAAAAGGCAUAGUUAUAGGCAGCAAGAAUGGCACUGAACUAUAUUGCCUACAUGUGAAUUUUUGUGUUAUUUACCAUAAUGCUGGGACUUGAAGCUUUUUUAGACCUCCAGCCUUAUAAACCU